AUGUUUCAAUUACGCUAUGACAUUGUCCAAGUCCUAUGCAAGUUUGAGAUGAUAUGUCCUCCAGCUUUCUUCACAAGUAUGAUGCACGUGAUGGUUCACUUGCCAGAAGAAGCGUUGGUUGCUGGUCCUGUCAACUAUCACUGGAUGUAUCCAAUAGAAAGGUCGGGAAGUGUUAAAAUCGAUCAUGGCUUACUAUCUAUGAACAUUAACAAAACUUGGUAUGAUGACGACCCUUACAUUUUGGCAAACAUGGCAACACAAAUUGUGUAUCUAGAUGACCCUAAAGCCGGGAGCGGUUGGAAAGUUGUUCAGAAGAUGGAUCAUAGGAACGUGUAUGCUAUACUAGAACUAGACCCAACUGACAAUGACGUCGACAAUGUGGCUGACCAAUGUUUAGAAUCUUCAACGGAAAAUGAUGCGGAAACACUUCGAGAUACAAAUGUUAUACAAGAACUGUUUCAAAUACAAGGAGUGUCUUCAAUUGAAAUACCGAUUCAGUUAAUUACAAUUGACAUCGGUGAUCUUCCGUGA